AUGACGAUAGCAUUUACCUUUGUUGUCGUUUUACCUAUUUGUGGAAUCUCAAUCAGAUACUUGACGAAUGUCACUGAUCCAGAAAAACUAUUACCAUUGCAAACGUACUAUCCUUAUGACGUGUCAAAGAGACCGCAAUACGAGUUGACAUUCUUUAUUCAGAGUAUUGCUAUUUUCUUUGCUAUUUUAUCUUAUACUGGUAUUGAUAAUUUUCUCGGACUAUUGUUAAUAGAAAAGGGGAAUAAUAUAUCAAUUACUCACUUGACAUAUGAAGUAUGUAUUCUUGUCAACACAUUUGGUCAUAUGUGUGUCUAUUGUGCUGUAGGAGAAAUUCUAGUGGCACAAUGCGAUCAAAUUCACAGAGCUGUGUACAACUAUAAAUGGUAUACUUUAGAGCCAAGAAGCGCAAAAUGCUUAAUUGUCCUAUUAAUUAGAAGCAAUAAAUCAAGUUAUCUUACCGCUGGAAAAGUGUUUCCUAUGACAAUGGCUACAUUUUGUAACCUCAUAAAAACGUCAGCCAGUUACAUAUCUGUUCUCCUUACAACAAGAACCUAA